GAAAAAGUAAAAUAUUGCAAUGGCCAGACGAGACAAUAAACUAGUAAUAAAAUUUGGGCAAGUGACACCAUCAUAUGCAAAGUUAGUACAAGAAUGCCGAUCAUAUUUUGAGCCUGGUGUGGGGAAGAACUUAAAAGAAGAGAAGAAAUGGAAGAUAAAGGACUAUAUACAGUUAGCAAAGCAUUUUUCAGCCUCGCACUUAUGGGUUUUUUCGCAGUCGGAGGAGCACAACAACUUAAAAAUUGUUUCAUUACUGGAAGAGGCUGGGAAGACAUUCUACUUUAAAGUAAACAAAUAUAAAUUUGGGCUUGAGAUGUUCCAGAAAUCACACGGCAUUGGAACGCGAAUGAAUGGGUACUUUGUUAUUCCUAUUAAUAUUGACAAGUCAGAUCCAAUUAUCGAUCUAGUAGAUGAGAUCAAGAACAACAGCAAAGUCUCUCACUUAACAAGCAGAGCAAUUGUUAUUAAAAAGUUGUACGAUGACAAUUACUUAUUCACAAAUUAUAUGAUAAAGAAAGAAGAAAAGCCGGGUGCAGCAAAUCAAGUCAAAGUGACUCUUGUUGAGAUAGGCCCAGCAAUGAGUUUAGAGCUGCAGAAAAUAGAGAAGGGUAUUUGCAGCGGAGACGUGGUAUAUCACAGGUAUAUUCACAAAACCCCAGAAGAGCUAAGAGAAAGAGCAAAAAUCCUUAAAAAGCGAGCAGAGGAAAAAUUACAAAGAAAAGCACAGCAAGAAGAAAAUGUAAGAAGAAAGAAAGAGAAGAAUGCGCGCCGGCCACUUGUAUCUGAGAACAAAGAGAACAGCGAGACCGAAGAAACUGCAACAGAGGAUGAAACAGAAUAGGCAUUCUCCAAUAUCUCACGUAUUAACAGAAUAAUUAAUUCCGACUAUGAAUCAGUUAUUCUGGCUAUAUACUAGGUACAUUCAAAAUUGCAAAGAAUAAAAUAGACAAAUGCAGU